AUGGCCAUCGGUUUCCCAGGACUCUACCAUCACAUCUCCUUUCCAGUCGCCACCAGAAUAGCUUGGGGCUUCUACGGGUCCAUCUUUGUGGUACUGAACCGUAUUAUCCUGUCGAUUGUAUGGUGCGGUGUUCAGUCGUGGCAAGGCGGACUCAUGACGUACGUCUGCCUUCGCGCCAUUUGGCCAGGUAUAGACAAUCUUCACAACACGGUUCCAGAAAAGACUGGUAUGAACCUGCAGCAAUUUAUUGGGUUUGUUGUUUAUUUCGUCAUCCAGCUGCCGUUUGUGUUUCUUAACCCUUCACGGCUGAGAUACCUCACAUAUAUCGGGAGUGUAUCCGGGUGCAUAGUCCAGGUCAUCCUUGCUGGCUGGGCCUGCGCUACAAUGGGCUCUGGCGGCUUUGGAGAUGUCAUGGCUGACGAAGCAUCUCCUCUUGUCGGUUCACAGGUGCCAUGGGUGGGUGUGUACUCAAUCAGUGUCACCAUUUCCUGCAUGAUCGCUGGAGCACUCAGCACUUGCGAUUAUACGCGUUUCGCAAAACGUCCCGCCUCGGCUCUGUGUCCACAAGCCGUUGGGUUUGCUCCGGCAUGGGUGUCUAAUGUCCUGGGCAUCCUGACCGUGGCUGCUACACAGCAACGAUACGGCGACAGAUUAUGGAGCGUGGCCCAGCUGCUUACUGCCAUGCAGAGUACGAAUCCUGCGACCAAGACUCGCGUUGCUGUAUUUUUUGCUGCUUUCGGCUUCUUUCUAUCACAAGUUUCGCUAAAUGUGAUGGGCAAUACGUUUUCUGGCGGCACUGACAUUGCAUCCCUACUACCAAAGUAUAUCAAUAUUCGGCGUGGGCAGCUCCUUACGGUUUUCCUCGGUCUCGUCAUUAAUCCCUGGUACCUACUUAGUGGUGCUACUAUUUUCGUAUCCGUCAUGUCGGCGUAUGCAGUCUUCUUGCAACCCUUCAUUGGCAUUCUGCUAGCGCAUUAUUUUGUCGUGCAGAAGAGGCGUAUAAAAGUGUCAGAUUUGUAUACUCUGGAUUCUCAGGGAAUUUAUUGGUAUACUUGCGGCGUCAAUUGGCGAUCAGUAGUUGCGUGGGUUGCUGCUGUUGCACCGCACAUACCGGGUUUCCUUAUGACAGUCAACCCGUCAAUUCAAGUUUCAACAGGAGUACUGCAGUUGUACUACCUGUCUUCCAUGACAGGUUUCUUGAUAGGUCAAAACUCCCUGCCUCCGCACGCUAAAGUCAUCUCUAACUAG